AUGGCCUCCGUCCUAUUGACUCGAACAUUUUCAAAGCGCCUUCUUUUACACCAUUGGUCUCGUACCCCUUUUCUCGGCUCCUUUUUUUCUUCGUUUGCGUCAAGCAAACAAAUCUACACCUGCCCCAUCUCUAACCUUGUUAUCGGUGUAAAAUUGUUUUCACUUACGUCCAGCAGUCUAGUUUUAGCCGCUCAACCCUUUAUCUUCUCCAAAUUCACAUCAUUCGCAAGUUAUACACCAUUUUUAGUUUCCAGCCUUGCCUUUGCUGCCCUUACACCCAUCCUCCUGCACAUCUUGACGCGAUCUUGUGUAUUUCUAAUUCGCUAUAACCCGGAUACUGGUCGGUUCGCCGCCUACACCAAAUCGAUUUUUCUACGUCCGAAGAAGGUUGAAUUUAACCUCGACAACGUCUCCUACUCAGUUUCCAGCUUGAGCUUUGCAAACAUGACAGUGAACAACAAGACUCCCCUCUUCGUUCUCGAAUCCGGCUUUAGUGACCUUCAGUUGAGGGACAGAUUAUUUGGCCUUGAUAAACCGAUCAAGUUUUCCUAG